AUGGCCGCGACCGACGUCUCGUGGCGCGCGCUGGGCACCCUCACCGCUGCCAAGAUGGUGGUGAUGCCCGCGUUUGGCGCCGCCACCGGCAUCGCCCUCCGUUCGUCGGGUCUCGUCCGCCAACCGGCCGCUGUGCUCGUGGCGAUGAUCGUCACCUGCACGCCGACUGCGAACAACGUCAUGGUGAUGGCGGAGCUGGCCGGCGAGAGCCGUGAGGCACUAGCCGCGGCCAUCUUUGUGCAGUACGCGUUCGCGCCAUUCUCGAUCACGCUCUGGCUGUACCUGUACAUCCACAUUGCCACCGGGGGCUCAUAA